UAUAAGUCUGCUCACUGGUAAUGAUCUGAGAUCCUCAAGGAUCUGCUUCCAUGGCUUCCGCUGCUCUCCUCAAGCCUUGGUGCCUUUUCUUGGCUCUGCUUUGCUUGUCUACUUCUUGCUGCAACUCAGAAGAAAGCACUGUGGGGACGGUAGGAAUGGCGAUGCGAUGCUUCGUUGAUCAUCACAUCUACGUCGGCUGCCAAGAGUCGUACAGGCUGAACGGAGGAGGGAGGGUCGACGUGCCCACGGGAGCGGCCGACGUGUUCUGCGACGGGCCGUGCCUCGUGGAGACGAAGCUCGCGCUCGAUUGCGUGGAGAGGACGCUGCAUGGCUUCAUAUUCUUGAACGGUGCGUCGGUCAUGGACGUCAGGUUCGCCCUCGACGUCGGCUGUGGCCACACCAGCAGAAGAGGGGACUUCAGCAUGAUGAAUCAUGAAAGAGGUGAUCCUGAGACGCGUGUUCCUGAGACGCGUGUUGAUGAUUACGAUCAGGGAAGCAAGACGAGGAUCCCAGUUUACUUGAUGAUACUGCUGACUUCUGUUCUACUUCUUCGGAGCAUCUGAUGCCGUCAUUAUCUUGGGAAAGAAGGUUCUGAUGGCAUGGCAUAUGAACGAUAACAAGUAAUUUGGGGGCAAAUGAUAUGAUAUUAUAUAUAUAUAAUGUAUAUUUUAUUUUAUAAAUGGUAAAAGGUGAUCUUUGACCUUAAAUGGAAGGAUUGUUGGACGACAAUUUACAUUAAAUGGAACAGAUGCUACUGUGAAAGAGAAAAUUAGUAUGCAUAGCCCAUAUCAAAAUGAUAUGGAUUCAACUCCUGUAGUUUCUGAUCUUAUCCUGGCAAGUUUCAGACAGGCAUAUAUAAUUCCAGCCCAUGAAAAGUAGGCAAAAGGCUUACUUAGCAUUCAGAUGAAUAUGAUCCCUCUAAUUUCAAAUUGAUGGCAAAAGUUGAGAAAAGAAAAUCCAUGAAAUAAAUGAUCAC